AGGGGAUAUAAGUAAGCCCGAUCGAUCCGAAAUCGAUACCGCUCUCACUCUUCUGCCGUUCCAGUCAACUUGAUCACAGAUCAGAUCAUUAAAAAUGAUGAAGGUUAUCGCCCUUGUUCUCUGUCUGGCUGUCGCCGCCCUCGCUGAGCCUGUGAGCUACGGCAAGUACAGCAAAGGUGCCAUCGGCUACCCCUACGGUAGUACGUACGGCUACGGUAUGCUGGGAGGAAUGUACGGAGGGCUGGGACAUUACGGGGGUAUCUAUGGCGGGCAAUACGGACUGAUGGGAGGUCUGUACGGAGGAGGACUUGGCAGCUAUGGUGGUCUUUACGGCAUGAGCCCCUUCAUGGGCGGCUACUACGGGGGACUUGGAACCGGCCUUGGACUCGGAACCGGGCUUGGACUCGGAAAAGGCUAUGGCUACUAUUGAAGCUCGAAAUGACUUCACUCUCAUCGAUAUUCAUAUCUAUUUAUUUUACCAAUCAUCAUAUGUGCCAAAUAAACAUUGAACUGUGUAAAUAA